UGUUUGAGGAUCCAGCUCUUUCUGUUGUUUGUCUUUCAAGCAUGAAUUUAACAACGAGCAUGUUUCUCAGUUCAACUAACAUUUCAUUAGUCAGGUUGACUGCUACAGACACCUCCCACGAGCAAUCUAGGGGUCUGGUCAGUGCUGAGGUCCGGCACUCAUUUAUCGUUACUUGCCUCGUCGUCAUCGGUCAAAUCGUGUGUCUAUUCGGUAUCGGCGCCAAUAUCGCCAGCAUCAUCAUCUUCAAAAAGCACGGAUUUGAUGACACUGUCAACAUCAGCCUUUUCGCUUUGGCGAUCAGUGAUUUAGGGGCUCUUGUUGCCCAGCAGUGGUUCAACAUCUGUGUUAAUCCGUGGUUUGAGAACUCAGACAUUCCAUUUAGUUCUAUGGAGAUACAAAACCUCACCGCUGGAUACCCCCGUAGAUAUUUUACCAAGACAGCCGGGUGGAUCACGGCCUUUGUAACUUUUGAGAGGUGUCUUUGUAUUGCAAAACCGUUAAAGGUGAAAUCUCUGAUAACUAGAAGAGUUGCCAUUGCUGUAACGAUAGGAAUAUACAUUAUUAUAAUUCCUUCUAUUUUACCAGGAUAUCUCACUUCUUACUUUGAUUGGAAGUUUUACCCUACCAAGAACAGAACUCUUCUCGGUCUGAUGUUUACAGCCGACGGAAAAGAGGUCAUGGGAUCCUCUCUCUUUGUUACUGACGCUCUAGUGCCGUUGUUAUCUUUCGGAUGUGUAGUUGUCUGCACGCUAAUCAUCGCGGUGAAACUCAAAGAGAAAGACAAAUGGCGCGAGAAAGUGUCCAGUGAAGCCAACACACCAGGCCAGAUGUCUAGAAAAAAUCGUAAGGUGGUCGUGAUGAUUUGUGUCAUUUCCGGAAUCUUUAUCUUCUGCACUUCGCCAAUCAGCGCUCUUCUUGUGGCGCGCUCUGUGGAACCCGAGCUGACAGUGAUAGGUCGCUAUGCCAACCUCACCUGGCUCCUGGCCAGUCUGGGCAUGCUCACGGAGACAGUCAACUCCAGCAUUAACGCGGUGGUCUACUACAACAUGAGCACCAAAUACAGGGACACUUUUAGGGAUCUUCUUAGAUGUCGCAGUAAAUGAUACCACCACUUUAUCUUCAUUCUACUGGAUUCCUUUACACCUGGCAGGGAUUGAUAUGAUUAGAGCCUUCGCCCAUUAGUAUUGACAGAACCAGACUUGUAGAACCUAAGAAUCUUUUAAUUUUUAUUUCAGCUUAUAUUAAAACGACGAAAGCUC